AUGAAGCGCAAACUCGAUGCCAAUGAUGUUCCUUCCCCGGAGGCCAAGUCCGCCGAGGAACAGGAUGCCGAUUUUGAGACUCUUAACCUCGAUCCCCGCCUGCGCCAGGCCCUGAUCAAAGAAAAGUUCACCAAGCCUACUCCCGUGCAGGCGAAGGCUAUUCCGCUUGCUCUUGAGGGCAAGGAUAUUCUGGCCCGUGCGAAGACUGGCUCUGGAAAGACCGCCGCCUACGUCCUUCCGGUCCUACAGGCCAUCCUUCAACAAAAAUCUGCCGACCCUUCGCUGAAAGCUACCACUGGUCUUAUCCUUGUCCCGACUCGCGAGCUCGCGGAGCAGGUCCAAAAAGUCGUCAUCUCGUUCACUCAAUUUUGCGGAAAGGAUGUUCGGUCCGUCAACCUCACACAGAAGGUGUCCGACGCCGUUCAACGCACUAUGCUAGCCGAUUUCCCGGAUUUGAUCGUUUCUACCCCUACUCGUGUCCUCGCCAAUGUCAACAACUCGGCUCUGUCACUCGAGAAGCUCACAUACCUGGUCAUUGACGAAGCUGACUUGGUCCUGUCCUAUGGUUACGAUGAGGACAUCAAUGCUCUCUCGAAGGCUAUCCCCCGCGGUGUUCAGACCUUCCUGAUGAGUGCUACCCUGACCUCCGAGGUCGAUACUUUGAAGAGCCUGUUCUGCCGUAACCCGGUCAUUCUAAAGCUUGAGGACAAGGAAGAAAAGGGAGCUGGUGUCAGCCAGUUUGUGGUGAAGUGUGCGGAAGACGAGAAGUUCCUUCUGACAUAUGUCAUCUUCAAAUUGCAGCUGGUCAAAGGAAAGGUCAUCAUUUUCGUCGGCGACGUUGAUCGCUGCUAUCGUGUGAAGCUUUUCCUGGAACAAUUUGGUAUCAAGAGCUGUGUUUUGAACUCAGAAUUGCCUAUCAACUCAAGACUACACGUCGUCGAGGAAUUCAAUAAGGGCGUCUACGACAUUAUCAUCGCCGCUGAUGAUCAAGAAGUUAUGGGAGUGGCCAAGCCAUCCAAGAAGGUUCGCGAGGCCAACGAGGACACUGAGGAUAAGGAGGAGGUCGGCUCCAGCGAGGAUGAAGAAGAAAUUGAGGAGUCAAGCGACAAGCAAAAGGCCCGACCCGAGAAGCGACGCAAGAUGACUGGCAAACAAAAGGACUACGGCGUCUCCCGUGGUAUCGACUUCCAGAACGUCGCCUGUGUCCUCAACUUUGACCUUCCUACAACAUCGAAGUCCUACACCCACCGCAUCGGACGUACCGGCCGCGCCGGUAAGGCAGGUAUGGCCCUCUCAUUUGUUGUUCCGGCCGACCUGUACGGCAAGCACAAACCUACCUCUGUCCCCAGCGCCAAGCACGACGAGACCCGUCUCACGAAGAUCAUCAAGCGCCAGGGCAAGCUCGGCCACGAGGUCAAGCCCUACCACUUCGAGAUGUCCCAGGUCGAUGCUUUCCGUUACCGUAUGACCGAUGCUCUGCGUGCCGUCACUCGUCUUGCCGUCCAGGAAGCCCGUGCCCGUGAGAUUCGCCAGGAGCUGAUUAAGAGUGAGAAAUUGAAGCGCCAUUUCGAGGAAAAUCCCGAGGAGCUGCGCCAGCUGCGUCACGACGGAGAACUGCGCGCCGCCCGUGUGCAGCCUCAUCUGAAGCACGUCCCUGAGUACUUGAUGCCGGCGAAGGGCCGAAAGGGUAUCUCGAAGGAGGAUGUUGGAUACGUUGGAUUCACAAAGACAAAUGAGAAUCGUAUUCGCAAGGCUAGGGAUCGCAACCGCGGUCGUGGAAAGGGAGGGAAGAAGGGUAGCAAGGUUGAUCCCUUGAAAACGUUCAACCGUGGCCGCAAGUAA